AUGCAAAUAUUUGUUCGUGGUGCCGACGAGCUUGUGCCGCUCGAACUCGAAAAAGAUGAUACUGUACAAGAUAUUCGUGAAUAUAUUGCUGAAGAAUACGAUGUUGGUAUGAAUGAUCUUGUCUUGAGUUACAAUGGAACCCUUUUGAAUGACGAACAAACAGUUGAACAAUUCGGUCUCGUAUCUGGUUCAACAAUCGAUGCUACUAUGAAAUUAUUCGGUGGUAAAGUCCAUGGUUCACUGGCUCGUGCUGGUAAAGUUAAAGGUCAAACACCAAAGGUUGCUAAACAAGAAAAACGCAAGAAGAAAACCGGACGUGCAAAACGUCGUCUUCAAUACAAACAACGAUUUGUUAACAAGGUUGCCAGCUUCGGUCGUCGUCGCGGUCCGAAUUCAAAUCAACAAGCUUCAACAUAA